AUGGCAAGGCUUCAUAACGGUUUCUAUUGGAGAGUAAACAAGUUGAAAAGAAAUCUUCUCUUUGCAUGCAUUCUAAUUAUAAUAACAGCCAGUCUUUCUUAUUUUGAUCAAUAUUCUAAAAUAUAUUUAAAUUUAUUUCAAAAUGAAAGUGGGAAGUCACAUAUUAUAGAAAGUAAAAGUCAUGAAGAAAAUAAAUCGAAUUCCAUCAACAAUAUAGGAUCUGAAACAGAAAUCAAUUCAGAAUAUACAUCUCUAAUUGACCACUGUGUUCACUACAUCACUGAAAUCUCACAAGAAUCUGAUUUCGCAACUAUGGAAAAUCAUAAAACCCUUUUCAAAACCAUUGAACAAUUAAGAAUUUAUGACUAUUGUUUCAUGUCAGGUGGAUUAAAUGUUAGUACUGUUUUAAAUCAAAUAAAUGGGACACGUAUAUCUAUCUAUGAAUAUUAUCAAAAAGUGUUUCCAUAUUUAAAUUUUCAUGAAAAUAACACUAAUCCUAUGGUUCCAGCAUUGUACCAUAUGAUUGAAAAGGGCAAAGAAAUGGUACAAUUAUAUAUCAAUACUAAUAAUAUUGUAGAAUUUAAUCAAAAUUUCUGGUUUUCAUGGUCUAAUCAGUUCAAGGGAAAAGGUAUUAUCGUCACAAUGUCUAAUGAGGAUAUCAAUACGUUUAAAAAAUUAUUAGCUAUAUUGGAAGUGUUACAUAAUUCGUUACCAUUACAGAUUGUUACUACUGGAAACGAUUUUGAUGAGGAAACUUUAUUGUCAUUUUCCUAUUUGGCCAGUAAGUAUAAUCAGGAUAUAUAUGUUAUAGACUGUUCUAAUAUAAUUAGCAAGCAGUUUACCAUGAAACAUAUUACCGGAUUUUUAAACAAAUGGAUAGCUAUUUUAUUCAGUACGUUUGAAGAAGCUAUAUUGAUUGAUCUUGAUUCUGUACCAUACAUCCCACUAGAAAAGUUUUUUGAUAUAGAUUCAUAUAAACAGACUGGGAUGUAUAUGUAUCGUGAUAGAGAAAUUUUAGUGGCUAACGGUAGAGAAGCUUGUUUGAAUAAAUUUGCGUUAGUCACAUCUACUUUUGAGGAAGAACAUCUGCUUACAAUUGAUAAUAUUAAAUUUUCAUUCACUGAGGCUUUACAAAUUAAGAAACAAGAGGUUAGUACAAAGACACAGAGCCAAUUGACAAUGCAAGAGAUUGUCUUUCAAAAUUUUUUCCAAAAUGGAAAUUUCCAUCAGGUUGAUAGUGGUCUGAUAAUUGUUAAUAGACAAAAGCAAUUAUCUAGUUUAUUGAUGGGAUUCGCAUUACAUUUGUCUAAAUAUUUUGAUGACUGUGUGCAUGGAGACAAAGAAUUUUUUUGGUUAGGUCCAUUAUUGGCUGGCAAUGACUAUUCAAUUGAUCCAGGUUAUGCAGGGACGAUGGGGAUGUUUUAUAAAAAUGAGAAUAAUAUCGAUGGUAUUUGUGCUGCUCAGAUCGCACACGUUAAUGAAAAUAACGAUUUAAUGUGGUCUAAUGGCGGAUUAAAUGUUUGUAAAUUUAGAAAUGCUGCUAUUAAGGAUUUUAAAAUACAUAAGGAAUUUUUCAAGUCACAUUAUAGUGACCCAGAAUCAUUGCAAAAGAUUUAUAAUUCUCCGCUGAUGAUUGAAGGGGCCAUCAUACCUGAUGUUGGAGAUAUACCGUGGAUGCAAACUAGAGAAUGUAAACAAUUUCGGUUUUGUGCAUAUUUUAAAGAAAAAUCUGAAUCGACUACCACUUCAUCUUCUCAUGGAAGUAUAAUAAGGUUCAGCCAGGAAAAAAUGAAUUUUUAUAAUAAUUUAGCAAGGCUAUGGAGUGAAAACUAG